AGUAGUUUUUCGUGUCCGUGUAUUUGAAGUUCAAUAAAACAACAAUUUUAUUUUCCUUCAACAAAAUUAUUAUCCUGUCGAGUUAUUUCAACAAUGUCCAAAGUUCAUGAAGCUCUCAAACCGAUCCAAUGGCUUAUCGGAAGCUGGGAAUCAACGAGCUGUAAGGGUCACUUCCCGACAAUCAAAAGUUUUUCGUAUAACGAAGUGUUAAAAUUUGAAUCCUUGGGACAACCUUUGCUCAACUAUGAAGCACGUUCGCGGCAUUUAGAAACCGGUGCACCCAUGCAUCUGGAAAGCGGAUUUUUAAGGAUCAAACCAGGAACAAGCCAGGUGGCCUUUAUGGUAUCGCAUAACUUCGGACUAUCAGUGCUAGAAGAGGGCGUAGCAAAAGAGGAAGGACUAAUUGAGCUGGAAUCCACAUCUGUUAGCCGUAUGUCAUUUGCCAAAGAUCCAUCGGUGAAGGCUUUGAAGAAAACGUAUAAGCUGAAUUCGGACGGAACAUUGGAAAUUCGCACCGAUAUGGAAACCAGCAAUACCCCCAUGACUAACCAUCUAAUUGCGGUUUAUAAAAAAGUCGAAUAAUGAACAUAUUUCAAGUCUUGUAUUAAUAUGUUGGUGAUGGUAAUAACAAAUUCAAAAUUAGAUUAUAUUCAUUGAUAUACACAGUUUAUAGUCAACAAUAAAUUGUUAAAUAAAUACAUCCUUACAUUAAAAACGUA